AUGUCAACAACACCAACAUGUUCCGACAUCGACCAUCAUCAACAAACAAUACUGAAUAAUUCAACUGAUAAUAAUAAUUUGAUAGUUAAAGAAACCGAUUCAUCACUUCCUACUAAUGAGCAUUUGAAUAAACCAGUUGAUAACAGCAUUGACGAUCAUGAUAAUUCUGUAGAUGACAAAAAAAUCCCAUCGAAUAAUAGUUGUAUGAAUAAUACAUCAUUAAUUGAUAAACUUCCUGUUACUACAUUCUCAGGUGACUCUUUAAUUAUUGAAAGCAGAAAACAAAUGAAUGGAUCUGUUGUCGACAGUGGUGGUGAUAAUGAUAAUGUAAAUUGUUGUAAAACUGAAACUUUUGAUUUCCGAACUAAUUUAACAGUGAAUAAUUGCGGUACCGCUAACUCUACUACUAUUACUACUACUAACAGUAUUAAUAAUAAUAACGAUACUAUAACUACUAUUUCUAUGAAUAAUGAUGUUGUUGUUGAUCCCAAUAUUUACUGCAAUAACACAGACUCUCACCGAAAAUGAAUUGUGUCGAUUCUUCAUGAUGUGUGUGUGUUGCACGGCUAUAAUGCCAUUUUCCCACUUUGUGUUUCGGUCACUUCAGUCCCCUUCUCACACUUCUGUUUGUUACCCC